AUGUACAGUGGAUCUAUAGCCUAAGUAAUGUACGCAAAACAGCUAUAGUAGUCUUUGUUAAAUAAGUGUAGAGCGAAUAGAUUACAUGCCAGAAAAGAUUAAUAUGAUGGAUUAUAUUAUUUGUAGAUAUUUAUGAAACAAAGUGACCCUUAGUCACAAAAUAAUUUUAAUAAGCCCCAGGGACAGCCCACUGUCGAUUAAUAUUCAUAAACAAACACGCACUGUUUAUUAAGUAAGGAACAAAACAUAUAGAGGGCAUGCUGUUAGAGGAAAAUAAGCAACAAUUCCUAUGAUAAAUACAUCCUAAGGAGUUUUAUUCUUCUUACACCACAGCAAUUUGCCAACACUAACAAUAUUUUCGCCUAGUUAUUAAAGACCUUUUUUUAUUUAACUUCUUGCGUCAAUUUUUUUAUCCGUUUAUAGUUACAUUUAAGGCUGAACAAGUUAGGUCCCAUUGUCACCUACUGUAUAGCAGUUAAACAGUCGUUUCGUCACCAGCAUCUCUAAUUUUCUCUCUUAAAUUUAAUAAGAGAAGAAAAACGCAGCUUGUCAUGUAACUGAGAAACCAGAAAGUCCUGUGUCCUGAAGUCUUUCCUGCGUCAAAAGUUACAUUUUUACCUCUGAUUGUUACAAAGUGCUGACACUGGAGACUCCUUCCAUAAAUGUAAAAUAAACGUCUCCUCGCAGAAAACUUCAUACCAAUGAUUAAACCCGUUUAUGUGAAGCGUCUGCCGUACAAGACUGUAUGAAUGAGCUGUUACUAUAGAGAUGAUAGCGUCUUAGAAGGAGCGCGUUAAUAUAAACCUGUGAUUUGGAGCCGGGACUACUGUCAGAGCUGCUGUUAUAGCAAAUUAAUCAACACCUUCUGACCAAUCAGAUUGGAGAAUUCAGCAGCGCUGUGGUGGACUCUCGUAUCUUUGUAAUUCUCGUAUUAUUGUCGUAUCUUUGAAGUGGUGUUAGCUUACUCUAUACUCUAUAUACAGCCAGAAACGAUGGGAUCCAAUACUCUGUUUCAUGGAUUUAACUGCACGGACCUGGGAGCAGUGGUGAACCCAAACACACAGACGGCGAGUGUGUGUCAGCCCAGUCAGGAUGUGAAAUGCUCUGAUCAAAAAACUUCUCUAUUCAGCGAGACUGAAUGCUUGCAGAACAUCGCUAAUGAUCUGGACUAUCAUCGAUCCAUGCUCGUUGAGUAUGUGCGUACUCUGGAUCAGAAGUCGAACUCGGAGUCUAUCAAGGAGCUCAACUCCAUUACAAACUUGAUGCAUGAACUUCAGCAGAGCUGCGAACUGCUGCCCAAACCAGAGUCUUUGAAAGAUAAGUGGAGCCCCAGUAACUCUUUCGAAGAUCGUAAGGACCUGUGCAAACAGCUGAAGGGCUUCCAAGUGCGCACCAUCACCAUCAACCGAGCCCUCGGAUACAUCUGCGCCGGGGAGUAUAAGAAAUGAUACUGCACUUCCACUACAAUCAUCAUCUUUUAAAAUCUCCAUCCUAACUAUUUUAUUGUUAUUUAUUUAACAUUGACUGUGUAAAACUCCACACUACUACUUUGCAAAAUCUCCACAACCUUUAUUUAUUUCAUCUACGUGACAAGAAUGUAUAAGCUAGCUACAUCUCCGUGGUUGUCAACUGAGACCUUGUGGUGUUUUUAUAUAGCUGUUUGUCCACUAAGUUAUUUAUAUUUAUUUUCAUACAAAGCUAUUUAUUUGUAUUGAUGCACACAGCACCAUUUUAUUUAUUAUCUAUUUAUAUUAAAGUCUUUUGAAAUAAUUUGACAUCUGCAAUCUUUGUGUGUAUGUAUGUGUACAGCUAAGCAUAA